AACAGAGAGCUACAGAUCUAACGGUCGAGCGAAGAUUCGGUCUUCCUUCCGCUAUUCGCUACCAUCUCCUCACCUCUUUCUAUAUUUGUUCCUUCCCCUUCUUCUUAUCUCUCCCGAAUCGUUACAUUAUUCUUACAGAGAGGCCAAGGAAGAAGAAGAAGAAAUCUCAGCGUUUUUUGUUUGUUUGUUUCCUCUGAGUUUGUGAGUUUUUUUAUCUGUCGGAGAAGAUGUCAGGUUCCGACAAAGACAGAGAGACCUUCGUUUACAUGGCCAAGCUCUCCGAACAGGCCGAGCGUUACGACGAGAUGGUGGAGACGAUGAAGAAAGUGGCUCGGCUGAACAGCGAGAUGACGGUGGAGGAGAGGAACCUGUUGUCUGUAGGGUACAAGAACGUGAUCGGAGCAAGACGAGCGUCGUGGAGGAUAAUGUCAUCGAUCGAGCAGAAAGAAGAGUCGAAGGGAAACGAAUCAAACGUCAAGAUCAUAAAAGGGUAUCGUCAGAAAGUGGAGGACGAGCUCUCCAAGAUCUGUCAGGACAUCCUCGGCAUCAUCGAUCAGCAUCUCGUCCCUCACGCCUCCUCCGGCGAAGCCACCGUCUUCUACUACAAGAUGAAAGGAGAUUACUGUCGGUACCUGGCAGAGUUCAAGACCGAGGCAGAGAGGAAAGAAGCAGCCGAGCAGUCUCUGAAAGGCUACGAGGCUGCAACUCAAGCUGCAAGCACAGAGCUUCCUUCCACCCACCCGAUCCGUCUCGGCCUCGCCCUCAACUUCUCUGUGUUCUACUACGAGAUCAUGAAUUCCCCCGAAAGAGCUUGCCAUUUGGCGAAGCAAGCAUUCGACGAGGCCAUUGCUGAGUUGGACACUCUGAGCGAGGAGUCGUACAAGGACAGUACAUUGAUAAUGCAGCUUCUGAGAGACAACCUCACUCUCUGGACUUCAGAUCUGCCCGAAGACGGAGGCGAUGAGAACAUCAAGGCUGAAGAGUCAAAACAAGAACAGAAGCCUGCAGAAGCAGCCGAUCAUUGAAUCGACGUUUGCUGGAAAUUUCAUGGAGUUUUAAGUUAAACCCAGAUGAAGACAGAGGCCAUUUUCUUGAUUCCUUAGCUUGGUUUAUCAGCAAGAUUGGGAUUAAACUUACAAUUUUUUUUUGUUGUUGUCAUGCCUCUAUUUACACUCGGGCCACCGUUUCAAUUCUGUGUUUGGCUUCUGUUUUCCUCUCCUUUUGUUUUCCAUUCUUUUAUGCUUUAUUUUCAUGGACUUUGGCUAUGAUAAUCGGCUGCUUAAAUAUGAUAUACAUAUAUAUAUAUUGAUUGAUC